AUGGCGGGUUUAGACUCGCGCACUCCUUUGAGUGUCACCAAAAGGUCUUCGCAUACACGAUAUUCGCAUGCGCCUAAACCCUCGCGGCAGAAAGAUUUUGAUGUCGAGAAACAUGGGUACCACGAGGACGAUGACGACGAAGACGACGAUGAGGACUCCGAUUAUUCUUCCGACCCAUCCUCCCCAGCUUCAUCCCGCGACAUCUCCGGCCUAUACUCCUCGAGCCGGCCGAUCCUUCGGAGGAAGUCCUCAGCAGGCUCUCAGAGGCAAGCCUCGUCGUACAGGCUACCAAGUAGGGUGGUUCGAUACUUAUGCCUCGGGCUGAUUUCCACCAUUGUCGUGUUUAUAUUAUUCCUCAUACGCAUGAGUGUUAUCUCGUCGAAUAAAAUCGCAGUCGGGGAUUUAGGGGAGCGACCGCCACCGCCUCCGGCUCCGUGGGAGUCGUUCCCUUUUCUAUCCAGAUAUUAUGGCGGUAUACGAUCGUUGGUGCCGCUGUCAGAAAACAAACCGGAAUAUCCAUUGCCUGCUGAUGAGCUACCGCUAUCAAACGAUACUUCAGCCGACGCAACUUUGCCUGCGCGAGAAAUCCCUACAAGCAAACCCUUCGAAGCAUACAAACACCUUACUUCGGCAGAUUAUUUGCGUGAAUAUGCACCUGUCCAGGAAUGCUUCAUUGACGCAAAAUCAACAGUUCCUGUUCCAUCCGUGUAUUACUACAGCGGUAGACCUAGCGGGUUUCCUGACCAUGCAAUGGGUUCUUAUGAUAUACUUGGAUUACCAGAAGAUAUUUGCUUCGAACGUUAUGGCCGUUUAGGGCCUUACGGCCAUGGUUAUGGAGUCAAAUAUGGAGGCAUGGGGACUGGCCUGCAGGGGGAUAUGGAAGGUUCGAGGGCUGUUUGGGCGGGAAAGUCUGGCUCGGGGCUCAAUCAAAUUGACUACCGGAAAGUAGACUGGGCGGAUGCGCAGAAGAAAUGCUAUAAGGCAAAUGCCGCGCGCUUUGAUCCACUAGUCCCUAAGGCUAAGCUACCGACUACAUUUUCAGUCCUCGAUAGAGACGGGACCGCUCUGCGGAAAAGAGCCGAACCAGGUCGCACGAAUGCCACAUUAGCUCGCAAGACCUUGCCACGAACAGCGGUUGUCAUAAGAGCGUGGGAUGAUUUUGAAUACCGGGAUGAGAAUAUUCUUACCCUCAGAUCCAUGAUCUCGGAACUUUCACUUGGCUCAGGAGGAGAGUACGAUGUGCAUCUCCUGGUUCAAGUUAAGGAUGAGGGCAAGAACCCAGUCUGGGCAGAUGCAGAGACGUAUCAAAAGCACUUGAAUGCAUCUGUGCCUGAAGAGUUUCGCGGUAUCGCGACUCUGUGGAGUCAAACGCAGAUGCUAAUGUUGUAUCAAGGUAUCCAUGAUACAUUCGCACGGGACCUUCCUGUUCAUGGUCCGUACCGGGGCCUCCAGAUGGCCAUUCAGUGGUUUGCUCAAAAACACCAGGAAUACGAAUUUUUCUGGCAUUGGGAACUUGAUAUCCGUUAUACCGGUCAUUACUACAAUCUGUUUUCGCAGAUUGACUCCUGGACCUCAAAACAACCUCGAAAGGGCCUGUGGGAACGAAGCAGCAGGUUCUAUAUCCCGUCCGUGCAUGGUUCAUGGGAAGACUUCAAGCAAAUGGUUAGGGUUCAGACUGAGAUAGGUACUAAAGGUCCGGAUGAUGUUUGGUCUGGGUUGCCAGGUGCCAAGACCCCCCCCCCAGGUCCCAAAGGCGACAAACCGAUUUGGGGACCAGAACGGCCUCAGGAUCCCGCAGACUGGUUCGAGCCCGAUUCCGAUCCAGUUCCUCCCACUACGUACGAGAAAGACAAGUAUACAUGGGGUGUCGGAGAAGAAGCAGAUCUCAUUACUUUCAAUCCUCUCUUUGACCCCGAGGGAACCACAUGGCUCCUACGAGAGGAUGUUACGGGAUACAAUCUCACAGACGGACUUCCGCCUCGGCGUGUAGCCAUCGUUACAUCAUCAAGGAUGUCGAGACGGCUAUUGAAUAUGAUGCAUCGGGAGACGGUCUUCAAGAAGCACCAUGCUUUCUCGGAGAUGUGGGGCCCCACAACUGCUCUACAUCAUGGAUAUAAGGCGGUUUAUUUCCCACACCCAAUGUUCGUCGACCGCGUAUGGCCUACGGCAUACCUCGCCAGUGUGAUGAAUGCUGGCAAGAAUGGCGCAACGGGAGCGUCAAGAACAAGUGUAUUUGGUGAGAGAGAACACAACCUGUUGGGAAUGACAUGGUAUUAUAAUGCUGGUUUUGCGCCGAACUUAUGGAAGAGAUGGCUUGGGCUCAAGGUGGAUAAUUCGGGCGGUGAGGAGUUUGAGCUGACCGCCGAUAAGGGGAAGGAUGGGAAAGGGGCCAAUGGAAUGCCAGGGGGUGAGGGUAGGAUGUGCCUUCCACCUAUGCUCAUCCAUCCAGUCAAGUCCGUGGAUAUGCCAGUCGAGAAGCUUGCUGCAGAGAAAGAUGUACAGGAAAGUGACCCAAGUGCUUGA